AUGUCGAACUCAGAAACCAGCAGCGUCUCAACCUUCUCCAUGCUCAUGCCACCAACAUCUCUCUCUAGCGGCUUCCUUGUGCGCGACUUUGGGUAUCAGACCACAUCAGCACGGUAUCACGGUGACCAUACACCUGAGAACAACCCUGAUCACGCUAUCGACUACGACACACCCGAGCACUACGAGCUCGCGAUGGAGAACGCCAGAAGAAGUCACGCUAUCUACAUGGGCCAGGCGCCGGAGAAGAAGGAGGAGGUCAAGAGAGAGGGUUGGAUGAGGUUCAUCCCAAGAAAGGACAUGCUGCCGCUGCCCAAGAAGGUGAAGUGGAUGCCGUGGUAG